AUGUUUACAUUGUCAUCACAUUCAACUGAUCAGUCCAGCACAGCGCUCAACACGAUACCGCCGAAGAAGCGCAACAGUGGUGAUCCAAACUUCAAGGCGCCAAUAACAAACGUGACGGCUCCCGUCGGCAGAGAGGUCAUGCUCAGCUGUACCGUGCAAGAUCUCGGUGGUUAUAAGGUAGCCUGGCUGCGCGUCGACACGCAAACGAUCCUGACGAUAGCUAGUCACGUGAUAACGAAGAACCACCGGAUCGGGGUGACCCAUAGCGAGCACCGCACCUGGUUCCUUCAUAUAAAGGAGGUAAAGGAAACCGAUCGCGGCUGGUACAUGUGCCAGAUCAAUACCGAUCCAAUGAAGAGUACGCUUGGAUAUCUCGAUGUCGUUGUGCCGCCCGAUAUAAUAGAUUACGAGACGAGCACCGACCAAGUCGUGAGAGAGGGGACAAAUGUGUCGCUGCGCUGCUCAGCGACUGGCUCGCCACUGCCAACGAUUACUUGGCGUCGAGAGGAUGGAAAGCCGAUUGUACUCGCCAAGGACAGAGAAGUACAAAUAGUAACGGGCUCUAUCUUUAACCUGACGCGAGUUAACCGACAGCACAUGGGCCCCUACCUGUGCAUAGCAUCAAACGCAGUGCCACCAACUGUCAGUAAAAGGAUCAACCUCAUUGUUCAAUUCCCGCCCAUGAUUUGGAUACCGAAUCAGCUGAUCGGGGCCAGGGAAGGACAGACAAUAGUAAUCGAGUGCAUAUCUGAAGCCUUUCCAAAAUCCAUCAACUACUGGACGCGAGACAAAGACGAAAUAGUGCCUCAAGGUGGCAAGUACGAAACUAGCGUACACGACAGCACUUACAAGGUUCACAUGAAAUUAACCAUUAGGAACGUGGACGCCUCUGACUUUGGGAGUUUCAAAUGUGUCUCUAGGAACUCCCUUGGCGACACGGACGGCACCAUCAAACUUUACCGAAUAGCAGCGAGUUCGGGUUAUCACUCGAGCGAUGACGAUGACAUGAAAUACAAAGGCAAGCAGAGAAAAAAUUCCGGAAACAGCUUUCUCGAGGGAAAUCAAGAUAGGCUCAAGGAGAAAGAUCCAAACCAGCGGAGUGGGAAGGAAGGUGAGGACGACGAGGAUUACGGUGACUCGGGGGUCUCACGGCCGAGCCCCGUCGGCUGUGUCCUCCUUAUACUGCUGCUGCUGUCUUUUUGCCAUCAAUUGCAUCUGCGACCACUCCAUCCGGCUUGA